AAAAUGUUAGAAUAAUUGUCUGAAAAAAUGUAUAUUUAUACAUUCCUAUAAUGAAACAUGCAAACAACAAAAAGUGUUUUAUACUGAAGCAGUGAUUGUGAAUUAAUAUUAUUGUUUGAACCUAAGUUGCGUCUUCUUAUACUGAGCUAAGCAUACUGAAAAUGUGUUUGUUCCUGACUAUGUUGAACUGGUCACAAUUUUAAUGCCAAGGUCUAAGUUCAAACUUUUAUGAUAUGUGAAAAAAUUUAGUUAGUGCAUUAAUUUUGUGAAUAGUGCCAAUUGAUAUACUUAGUGUCUGACAUUUAGGAUGAGUGUCACGAUGCGUUCCAAGCGUAACUCUUUGCCCUCUUUGGGCUUGGGCAUUAACAAAUUCUUUGUGAGCAAACGUGCUUCCAUGUUUGAAAACCAAGAAGAAACACCACAGGAAAAAAGAGACAGAAGUCCUUGUGGCUUACUUGAAGUAUCUGAAAGAAAAUUGCAAGACCGCAAGAACUUGGAGCGCAAGAAGGCAGCGAUGGCGCGACGCAAGAGACGCGCUGACCCCUACGCUGAUCAGUCCAGCGCCGCCGAGGAGGAUCCUGUCUCCAGUCUCAUUGAUCGAAACGCCGACGGCACUGAUGCGAAAGAGUGCAGGCCGUGUAAGCACGCUAACGCGGCCGUCAACUCGUCACUCGUGCGCAAGAACACAAAGCCUCCCGUGCGCAUCGGCGAGUGCUCGGCCUGUGCCAAGGCCUUGCGACUCCAGCAGAACGACGAUAAACUAUCUACUGAUGUCACAACAGAGAAGAAAGAGUGCGUGGUAUGGAUGUGCCUGUUCUGCGCGCACCAAGGCUGUGACCGCGACACUGAGGGGCACGCACUGCAGCACUACCGCACCCCGCGCUCUGACAAGCACUGCUUGGUGCUGUCCACACGACACUGGACUGUCUGGGAUGGAAAUGCAAAUCGCUAUGCAAAAUCCUCCUCAAACUGCGUGAGGAGAUACCCAAAACAACAGCAUGCCUUCGUGCUGAACGACUUGAGUGAAGGUGUGUGCCUGCCUAGAGUGAAGGGCAUCACGAACUUGGGCAACACGUGUUUCUUCAACAGCGUGAUGCAAGUGCUCGGACAGACACACGCUUUGACGCAGCUGUUUGACCUGCAGCUACAGACGGGACAGCGCGCCAGCCUGCCUGGCAAACCGCCUGAGCUGAGCUGCGACAGGCGACACGACAGGCGGCGAGGCAAGAGUCUCGAUCUCGAAAUGGACGAUUGCGAUGAAGACAUAGAACUCAAGCCCCUGGAUUUGAUGCUGCCUGAAGGAGGGAGUCUCAGUUUAGCCCUCGCUAAUUUCCUGAAGGAGAUGCACGCUGUCGGUCGUAACAGCAUCCUCAGUCCGGGUCACCUCUUCGGGCAGAUCAGUGCCAGUGACGAUCCUCAACUCAGGAUGGUUUGCAAGAAGAAUGCACAAUUCGGAGGGUUCGAGCAGCAGGACGCGCACGAGUUGCUGCGGUGUUUGCUGGAGAGCAUCAGGGGCGAGGAACUGCACCGGGCCAAGCGCGCCAUACUCAGGGCCUUCGCGCUCAACGAGAAAACUGACCCUAGCAAGGUUCCUCCACGAGUGCGUAAAAUCAUCCAAGGGUACGGGCGUCAGGCCACACACACAAUCAUUGACCAGAUCUUCGGUGGGCAGCUCAUCAGCACCAUUUUGUGUGAGGAAUGCCAGUGGUCAUCUCAGGUCUUCGAACCUUUCAUGGACCUCUCGCUCUCUGUCACCGAAGAUAAGGGGAAGCCGAAGAACGUGGGAGGACAUGAUGAGUCUGUCUUCGACUGCUUCGGACGCACUGUAUCAGCCAACAAUAAUAAUAACAAACUCAACCAUUUAUCCAAGCAUCAGUUAAAGAAACAGAAAAAACAAGCAAAAAGAAAUAGAAACAAUAAGAAUUCAAGUAAAGGUAGAGGAGGGGGAAGCGGCAGCGGUAAAGUAAUCAAAGAUGCAAAUGUUAACAAUUGUAUAGAUAGCGGAGCUCAAGACAGUAUAUGCGAAGAGGUCAAAAGGCGGUUAACGGAGAAAAGCAGACCAGAGGACAAGGAAUUCAAAAAGCAGCAAGAAGCUGAGGCGAGAAGAGCACGAGAGGCCGCUGGGGAACGUGUCCCGACCAACGGCGUGCCGUCCAUCGUGGUGGGAUGGACGAGCGGCGGUGGCGGCAACGAAAGCUCCAAGUACAAAGUUUUGAUGCACGCCAGAAACGCCAGACGCCGAGAAGAACUCGAGAACAACGACUGCAGUGAAGAGGAAGAGGAGGAAGAGGGUGAGGAGCUGGAGUAUGACCACGACGACGAUCUCGAUGACGAUGGCAGACUUAACAAGAAGAAGUCCGCUUCGACGAGGAGCCUGAGUCGUCUAACGCUCUCUGACAACGAGGGCUCGCAGAACACAGCGCUCACCAACAAGAAUAUUUUGCUUCAGAGGCUGCACAAUCUCACUGCGUCUGGGGGAGGCAAGGGAUCCGUGAAGGUGAACGGGACUCGGGACAGCGACGAGGAUGAUGAGGAUGAAGAAGAUGAUGAAGAUGAGGAUGCGGAUGACAGUGAUGAUGAAGAGGAAGAUGAAGAUGAUGAGGAGGAUGAAGAGGAGUCAGAUUCCGAGCAGGGGAAUGGUGAGAGCGACUCCGCUGCUAAGAAGAAAGGUGUGUGGAGAGAGAACAGCGACGCCGACGAGGAAGACAAUGCCGAGUCUGAGUUCCCCCAGGAGCGGGUCACACGUCAGCCGUCCAUCAUCGUCGUGGAGCAGUCGAGUUCUUACGACGGAUACGGUGCGACGAACGCUUCUGAUGGACGAUAUUUGAGCACGAGCGCGUCCUGCGACCAGUUGAACUACAACUCAGCGUCCGACACAUCGGAGCGCUAUUUCACCGCUGACGGUAACGGCGUGGAUACUGGAGACGAUUUGGACACGCCAAAACGGCGGUCACUGAGUAAAGAAUCGCUCCUGAAGGCGGGAACUGACGAAGAAUUAGCCAGGACGCUUCAUCGCAAAAGCAGCAGUAAAGAAUCAUUGCAUCGCAUAAACUACAGCAAACGAUCUACUGGGGACUCGUUAGUCGCGUUCAGAAGCUGCGACAGACUCGCGGAAGAAGAUGACCAGCGGCAUUCUGCUACACCCAACCCGAGAAAAUUUAAACAGGAAUGGUUAACAAGGAGCCUUACGACCGUUGCUCCAAAAUACCAGGCGCAUGCACAAGAAUGUUCGGUGAUGUCUUGCUUAGCGAAAUUCACGGCUCCGGAACUCCUAGCUAGCAGUAAUAAAAUCAUAUGUCAGAACUGCACGAAGCUCAGAAAUAUAAGUGGCAACAAUCCAGAUGUUGAUGGCCCAGUGAGAAGCGCCGCUAGAAAGCAAAUGAUGAUCGUCUGUCCUCCCGCUGUGCUGACGCUGCAGCUCAAGCGCUUCCACCACGACGGCGUUCACCUCGCCAAGGCGAACAGAUUCGUGCACUUCCCAUUGGUGCUCGACUUGGCGCCCUUCACAUCCACUAUCGCAUUGAAUCCGGGUACCCGUAUUUUGUAUGGACUGUACGGUAUAGUCCAGCAUACAGGCCGCCUCCAUAACGGGCACUACACAGCGUACGUGCGAUCACGUCCCGUCGUGCCCACUCGUCCGCCGUCCGCCUACCUCGCCCAGCCUCCUCUGGACUCCUCACGCCUCGAGUGCGACGCGCCGCCCAAGCUCCCGCCACCAAGAAACACCGACGCCGCCACCAUUUCUAUUGAGGAGUUGGAAGCCGAGGUGCGGAAAGACCAAUGGUAUCAUGUGUCGGACACUCACGUGGCUCAUGUAAAUAUAGAUCGUGUCUUGAAAGCUCAAGCAUAUCUUCUUUUCUAUGAGAGGAUAGUUUGACCAGAUGCGAGGCCUCAGCUAUUGAUCGCACUAGCCUAUUCUUUAAGAUGCUUGUAAAAAAUGCGCAUGUAUGAAGAAAAUACUUCGCAUCGAUCUUUAGAGGUGCUGGAUGGGUCAUGAGUAAUCACUGUGAAAUGUGACUGACGAAAUCGUAUUGUUGCUUCUGAAUUAGUGAAAAUCUCUGAUGAAUACUAUAGAACUAUUUUAUAAUUGUACCUUUCUUACGAUGCUUUGAUCUGUCAAGAUUAAAGGUGGGAGUGCCUCUCGCUCCUUCGUAAAAUGAGGUGUGUGAAGCGAUCGAACUUCUCUUACUGGUUAUCAUACCAAUCCAACCAAUGAUCAAUCAAAGAUGCUUCUAACACCAAUAAAUUAGGCUUUGCACCUGAUUGAGCUGUAACAAUUAUGAGCUUAGUACGUCCUUUAUAGGCAUGUAUUACCUUAUGUAUCGCAAACUGUUGCCCACUUUUGGUACGUGCGUCAAAUGUAGUGGAAUUGGAAGUUACUAAAGUUGGUUUUGUAAUAAUAGUGUAAAUAUAGACUAGGUAGAUUAAUAAUUACGCCAAGUAACAAUAAGUAGCGCUUAAAUGCGCAAAACGCCUUAUCUUAACUAGGAUCAUUCGUCCAGUUCAAUUUAUGUAGAGAAACGUAUAGUUUGGAUUUACUUAGAACACUGUGGCUUUCAUUUUCUGCAGGCGUGUAAUUUCGUUGCUUUGCGUGUCUCGACAGCAGACAUUCGUAGGAGAUUAUUUAUUAGUGGCAAGGAUGUUUAUUCUCAUUUUAUUUGUUAGUUACGAAGUGGUUAGAUUUUAUGUUCUAGUCCAGAUAAUUAUUGGUAACCUCUGAGCAGGCAAGCAUAUAAGGAGCUCCUUGCAAGUAUAACACGCUCCGAUAAUAACCUAGACACGCCUAGUCAUGCGCAUUUUGUUGCCUGUAACGGUUCUCAACGGUGGAGAUUCGCGGGAAUAACGAGAAAAAACACGUUCUGUCGAUACUAAUAGUUUAUUAUUUACAGUUAUGGGUUUUAUUCGAAUAUUUUUGCUUUUAUUUUGUAAUCUCUAAGCUGUGGUCAGUUAAUGAUUAAUGUAUGAUGAACAAUCAGUUGAGCUAGCAGGUGGGAGAGAUUUUGCGUGCCACGAGUACCAUGAGGUUUGGUCAGUUGAUAAUGACCAUCUGUGAUAACGUCCGAGAUUUGGUUCUCUUCUACUCGUUAGUCUCUUGAAUAUUGGCGUUACUUUACUCUUCUUACUGUUAUCUCUCUUGUUCACUCAUCGAAAUAUGUGCUCAUUAUCAAUUCCCUAAGCUUGAGGCGGCGGGUAAACAAUUCUUCAACUGGAAGCAUAAUUGCCUAAUAAGUGAAUAUUUUCAUCUUUACCUCCUUUCACACUUUCGACUAUUCCGAUAGGUGUUUAAUAUUUUAAACUAUGAAAAGAUGCUUUUUUGAGUCUACACAUGUCUAAAGUAAUGGCUCACGACACGCUUAUAUUUCAAAUAUUUAUAUAUAGAGAUAUUCCAUCAAGACUGAACUGAAGAGUAUAGUCUAUGGUUUGAUGAACAUUUGAAACAAGAGAUGCAACAUUUCAUACUCUCACCAGCGCCCGAAUUGUAACUAGCCUACCGCUUACUGCGACCAAUCUUUCUGACGACGAAGAGUUACACGAAACCAGCCAGGCACCACUAAGCUGCUUAGCAAAUGUACCUUUUUGUACCACCCGGUUUGCGAGCUCGUAAAAUUUUCUCCGAGGACCCAUAGUUCGUUCCGACAAUUGGCCGUUCAAUCCGGGGCUGAUUCGAGGCAGUUGAUGAAAACUUGCGGCUUUGUGGUGUAUGCAAUAAAUACAGUUACGUUCACACGCGCUUUGUAUUGUAUGACUGAUGAGAUAGUAUUUCAUGUGUUGGGCCAUCGGGUGAACGCAUUACCAAGAAGAAAGCCGGCGGGUGGAACUGGGGGCAUACUUUCUCGGCUCCUUUCCUGAAGACUGGUUGGUCCUCUUUAAUGCACGCUAUUUCAUGAGGAUUACGGUUGCUAACGUGAAAGACCAGAAAGGUGGUAAAAUGUGAUCUUGUUAAUAAUCCCGGGCAAUGCUAUCUUCCAGCGGCAGCCCCACUUGUGGUAGAGUUCAGACGUCACAGACAUAACGGUUUUUGUAUGGAAUCUUAUCAUGGCAAUUACUUACGCUCUUUUCUUUCGUUCGAAUAGGUUUCCUUGCAUUGCGCCUUAUUUUUCAGAAUUAUUACCUUGUACAGUGAAGCACACUUGAAUCGGUCGGUAAUGGCAGACUCGGAGCGUACCGGCUUGCUCUUAUCAUGGGAAUAUCACAGCUCAUUUGGCUGCCAGUGGGUUCAUAACUGUUAACAUAGCAACAGUUAACUCAAGCAUCUCAUUUUGUCUACAAAUGAGUGCCAUGCGAAUUCCAGUUUCAAAUGUGCUUGAAGACGACUUACGGCAAAUGAGCUGACAUUCAGUUCAAGUAAAUGAGAUAAAUAGC